GUAUGUACGGUAUACGGAGAAACCAUGGCCCGUCAGGUGUAGUAGGCAGAUUUGUAGAUAAGAUUAGUCGAAUAUAUCAGAGUCGUGCAAGAGUUUCCGAACGUUUCGACUGCGUAUCGCUGGUGCGAGAACGAGGACGAGAGGAUGUCCGGCUUCGACGAGAAUCCCUUCGGGGAGCCUACGAUCAACGAUCCUUUCUCCGACCCUGCCAUACGAAGGGCAGUGACUUCUACGCCAGCUAGCAGAGGUCUGGAGGAUUAUAAUCCUUUUGCUGACCAAGGCACUCAGGGUACUACACAAGUCAGAGGGGCGGUGAAUCCACCUAUCUAUGGUGGAGUUGGUGCGACACAGCAACCUGCUACAUUGCAACCUACCAAUCAAGAAGCACCUCCACCUGCGUACGCUCGCACUCCACAGCAGACAGUUAAUGCAGCACUUGGAAGUACUUUGUCACCUCCGUCAGAUCAACGAGCGGAACCAGAAUGGAAAUCCAGAACAGAGGAAGAAAUGAGAAAUACGCCCUACUAUCCAAGGCGAAAUAAUUGGCCUCCGUUACCGGAUAAAUGUUGUUUUCAACCAUGCUUUUAUCAGGAUAUCGAUGUCGAGAUACAUACUGAUUUUCAAAAGAUUGUGAGGCAAUUGUAUUACCUCUGGAUGUUUCACGGCUGUGUUCUUUUAAUGAAUGUAAUUGGAGGAUUUGUUCUGAUGCUCUAUGGUAAGGGUUUCUCUGCGUUUGGCCUGGCUAUCUUAUAUCUCAUACUUUUUACUCCAUUCUCGUUCAUGUGCUGGUUUAGACCAGCGUACAGGGCUUUCAAGAACGAUAGCUCCUUCAACUUUAUGGUUUUUUUCUUCGUCUUCUUCUUUCAACUAAUUGUCACCAGUAUUCAGGCUAUAGGUAUUCCCGGAGCAGGCACUUGCGGUAUAAUCAUAGCGAUUAGUUUGUUCGAUUCGACGGCCAAAGGAAUCUUCAUCGGUCUUCUUAUGCUCUUUGUCGCAAUUUGUUUCGUCAUUGCGGCAUGUGGUGAUCUUUUACUGCUCACCAAGAUACAUCGCAUUUAUCGUACGUCCGACGCGAGUGUCACGAAGGCGCAGCAAGAAUUCGCUACAACAUUUUUGCGAAACGAGCACGUGCAAAGCGCCGCGAGCAACGUCGCGGCGAGCGCGGUUCGCUCCCAGAUGGCCAACGCUGCUAACCAACCGCGUUAUUAAAAUAAUUCUAUCAACUUUUAUUUGUUCCACGACACACUACGUUACACUAUGUUCUGGCUUUACAUCAUUCAGUAAGUGAAUAGAUCUCAUUUUAGUUUCGCUGUUUAUAGAAACGCCAUUUGUAUUGCUAAACGGUACGGGCAAUACGCGAAUAUUUGCUUCGCGGUCGUUAAGUCUCGGAUAUAUCGUUUCAUCAACAACGCGGUAAUUAUAUGGCUAUAUUCUUGCGAAA